GGAGGUUCUUUGGAAUCUUGUUUUUAAUGCUGUAUGUUAGUUGGAUAUGUGAUUGUGAAACUUUAAUGUGAAAAACCAAAUAAAUAAAUAUAUAUAUUGCCCUUCCCUGAGGAAGCGGCUUCCCUUCGCCCCUCGUCGCCGCCCCUCAGCCGGGCAGGAGGAGGAGACCUCUCUCUCCCCGCCCGGUCCCUCCGAAUCGGUGGGAGAGAAGCGUCGCCAUCUCCUCCUCCUCCUCUUCGCCAAUUUCCCCCCUUCUUUUUGCGACGUGGUGUCCGGCGCCUUCAAGGAAGGAGAUGCGGCGCCUCGUUUGCGCGCGGCGGCCGCCGCCGCUUCUGCUUCUGGCGGCGGCGCCGGCGCUGCUGCUGCUCCUUUGCUUGCGCGCUCCGGGCUGCCGGGCGCAAUUCGAGCGCUACAGCUUCCGCAGCUUCCCCCGCGACGAGCUGAUGCCCUUGGAGUCCGCCUACCGCUACGGCCUGGACCAGUACGGCGCCGAGAAGUGGCCCGAGAGCGUCAGCUACCUCGAGGUCAGCCUGAGGCUGCACCGCUUGCUGAGGGACAGCGAGGCCUUCUGCCACGUCAACUGCAGCUCGGCCCGAGCCCGGGACUAUGAGGCCGGCGGCGGCGGCGGCGGCGAGCCCGGGCGCUUCGAGGGCUUCGCGGAGCUGCGCUUCUUCGGCGACCUGCUGCGCCGCGCGCAGUGCCUCAAGCGCUGCAAGCAGGGCCUGCCGGCCUUCCGCCAGUCGCAGCCCAGCCGGGAGGUGCUGGCCGAGUUCCAGCAGCGGGAGCCCUACAAGUUCCUGCAGUUCGCCUACUUCAAGGUAGCGCCUCCCCGCUUCUCGGAGCGAGGGGCCCGGGCGGUGGGAACCAGGGUGGAUUCGAUUGAAAUCAAACCCAUUUAAAGCACGAUUUUAAAUCACGAUUGAAAUCACUAGUCGGUAAGACUUGGAUUUAACAGAAAGGCACAUUCCUGCCGGUAUAAUCUUAAUAUUUGCAACAACCAGAGGAAGGUUUUCAUUUUGGGGAGGAUAAAUUUCCCUGGUCCAUGGGGUCACGAAGAGUCGGACACGACUAAACGACAACAAAAUUUUCAGAGUCGUUUCUACAGUCACAUCAAAAAUUACUGAUUUGGUUAUACAGUGGUACCUCGGGUUACAUACGCUUCAGGUUACAGAUGCUUCAGGUUACAGACUCUGCUAACCCAGGAAUAGUACCUCGGGUUAAGAACUUUGUUUCAGGAUGAGAACAGAAAUCGCACAGCGGCGGCAGCCGGAGGCCCCAUUAGCUAAAGUGGUGCUUCAGGUUAAGAACAGUUUCAGGUUAAGAACGGACCUCCAGAACGAAUUAAGUACUUAACCCGAGGUACCACUGUACUAGUUAGAAAUACAUAGACAAGUAAUUAUGAAAUUAUAGUGAGGUUUCAUAAGUUAACAGUUUAUAUUUGGGCAAUUUUUCUGCUGCACUUUAUCGGAAAGUGAAAAAUAAUCAUUUCCUUAAUAAUGAUUUAAAUGAUUUAUUUAACUAAAACAAUAACAUUAUAGCAUAUGUAUCCAUGUUUGUUAACUCAUGUGGUCAAACGGUUUUUUUUAAAAAACAAAACCUUAGACUGAGUUUUAGCACACAUGAAAAACAUAAAACAAAUCCUUAUUUCCUGAUGAAUAGCCUUUGGACUAUCAUGUAACUUAAAUAGAAAACUAUAUUUAGAAAGGUUUUUCCUCCAAAAGCAUUUUAAUUUAAAAAUCUGAUUUAAAUUUUUAAAAAUCCGAUUUAAAUUUUUAAAAAUCCUAUUUUUGAGCACCCCGCAAUUGGAUCCCAUAGGUUCAGGUUGGGGGAGAGACUUCAGCCAGGAGAUAGAAGCAAAACAGUGGCCAGUAGGCCUGAUCUUUAUUGUUGCAACACUAAAGAUGACGCUCUUUACACCAGCGACAAAGAUGACGCUCCGAACAAUGGUUACAUCAGUAUUAUCAGUAUUUUAAAGCUUCCCAAAAUUUCCCAUAAAGUUUCCUAUAAUACAUUUCCAGAAGCAUCAUCAAGACAUCAUAGAUAUGUCGAUAAUAAUUUUUAUUAGUUUUAAAUUACUUCUUCUCUUUGGCAAUCAUUCGUAGCCGAGUAAGAUUGUCUUCCAUAAACAAGGUUUCAUCAGUGGGUCCAUAAGUGACUGUGGAGGCCAAUUCUGGAUCCACACGUCCUCCCACAGUAGGGACAUAGGUUUCCGGGUGGGAGUUGAUCACCCAAGUGUGCCUUCCCUCUAGGCACGUUGCUCCCUUUCAUCCUGAGUUCAAGUGUCUUCAAAGCCCAUGGCACCUUUUAAUUUAUUGAAAACUGAAGGGUCAUUGACCCUUAGGAGUUGGCCCCUAGGCUCGUGACAUCAGUCUUCUUGAGAACAACGCCAUGAAAUCAAAGCUCUAGGAGAAAAGUUUAUAAAAUGUAAGUGAUGGUUUCAGAAGUCUCUCUUUCUUGUUCCUUUUUGGCUAGGCAAACAACUUCCCAAAAGCCAUUGCAGCAGCACACACAUUUCUCCUGAAACAUCCUGAAGAUGAGAUGAUGAAAAGGAAUAUGGCAUACUACAAAAGCAUGCCUGAUGCUGAGGACCAUAUUAAAGAUUUGGAAAUGAAAUCGUAUGAGGUAUGUUCCCCCUCCUAUUUAUGUUCCUGAAGAGCUCUGUAAAAAGCAACAACCCAGAAGCUGAGGUCUGUUUGUUCUCCUAAUUUUACUUUACCUAUAGUUUUCCGUUCUAUUGCUGUGCCUCUUACAGCUCAGUCUUAGCUAUGCUUACCUGGAAAUAAAUCUUAAAGAAUUCGGUGCUCAGCACUGUACCAAUGUAAGGAGCGGGCUAGAUUCUGUCAUUGUUUAUAGGGUCCCAAUCAUAUUAGCCAUUCCUCUGCUCCUUCUGCACAAUAUUCCUUUCUCUGCCCAAUUUCUUAGUAGAACAUCACUUCUUAUCCGCUGUUGCAGUGCUGUGCUAAUGCAAGAGAACGUAGGCAUUGCUCCUAUCCCACCGAACGUUACGACUUUCAGAUUGGAUUGCACCCUUCCUUAAUAAAGUAUAGACAGCCUGUUUACAAAUGUGCCACUUUUUGAGCUAUCUCACAAAGACAAAUGCUUUAGAUACUAUAUUUGCUCAUGGAACUCUUUGCAUUUAUUGUGCAUGACUACAUAUGAGCAGACCGAGGAAGCUCAAAUAUUUAACAUUUUAUUUGUGGGAGUAUUGUAUUCGUGGGAAAAUAACUUAGAAUCAUGUACCUGUUUGGCAAAAGUAAUAGUUUUGAACUGAAGUAUCGAAAGCGCUUUUAAAAUCUUGGGAGGAGUUGCAAGAGAGUCUGUUGGAAAGUGACAGCUGAAAAAAAGUUGUGGCAGAGUGAAUAGGGAGAUUGAAGAAAAUGAGGGUUUGGGUUAUUAUAUAGACUAUGGGGCUGUCACACCUACUUGCUUUGCUCAACAAUCCUCUACGCCUCACCCCCCAAUCCCCUUACAGCUCCUUCAAACCCCACAUCUUGCCUAUCCACUGCUGCCACCCCAUUGCCAAUCCCCACCCCCACACAGUUUGCCCAUAUUGCCUCAUCCCUUCACAACUCACGCCAGUCCUAAGAUCCUGCUGCCACUCACAGAGAAGAGGAGAAUAAAUAGGAGAGUAGAAGAAAGUCUUUCCUCCCUUUGCUCUGCACCACCACACACAGCUGGUGUGCUCCAUACCCUGUACCCUGGUCCUGCUGCUGACACGCCAUUCAGGGCUAAACCAUGGUUUGGCUUAGCAUUGCUCCAAACUCAUGGUUUGUUUCCCCCAGACAAAGUGUGAAUGGUAAACCAAGAAGAAACUGUGGCUACAGCUCGCGGUUUGUCUGGAGUGAGGCAAACCAUGAGUCUGGGUUCAGACAUAACAUCAAGCCAAACCAUAGCUUAGCCCCACAGAGUGUUUCAGCACCGGGCUCAGAAGAGGGGUGCUGUAGCCCCAGUCUUCUCUCUGGGAACCUGCAGCUUUGCUUGUUCACGCUAAUCCAUGGUUGGCUUAGCAUUAUGUGUGAACUGGGUCACAUUGAAUUGGAGAAUGUAUCUUCGAGGAUGCAGCUAAAAAAGGACUCUGACUGGGUGGUGGCAAUGAAACGAGGAAGAGGUGGUGCUGUGGUCUAAACCACAGAGCCUCUUGGGUUUGCUGAUUGGAAGGUUGGCGGUUCAAAUCGGCAAGCUCUGUCCCAGCUCCUGCCAACCUAGCAGUUCGAAAGCACACCAGUGCAAGUAGAUAAAUAGGUACCGCUGUGGCGGGAAGGUAAACGGCGUUUCCGUGCGCUCUGGCACUCACCACAGUGUCCCGUUGCGCCAGAAGCAGUUUAGUCAUGCUGGCCACAUGACCCGGAAAGUUGUCUGUGGACAAACGCUGGCUCCCUCAGCCUGAAAGCGAGAUGAGACCACAACCCUAUAGUCGCCUUCAACUGGACUUAACCAUCCAGGACUGCUGUCCAUUUUGACACAGCAAUGCAGCCUUGAAUCAAGUCAAAUCAAACCUAUGCUACUUCCUUACAUUCCCCCUCCCCCCCGUCUCCUCAGAAUCUCUUUAUCAGGGCAGUAAAGGCCUACAAUGGAGAAAAUUGGAGGACUUGCAUCACAGACAUGGAGCUGGCAAUUCCUGAUUUCUACAAAGCCUAUGAUGAUUGCAUAGCUGCCUGUGAAGGCUCCCGGGAGAUCACAGAUUUUAAAGAGUUCUAUCUGUCCAUAGCAGGUAGGUGUUGAGCUGGGUGCCAGCAUUUGGGAAGGGGUUCUUGAAGGAUACCUUGGUCUCCUAAAAUAAUUUUGCUUGACGUGUGCUGUUUGUGGAUGUCCUUUCUGAUAAUGCUAGCUGUCAGAGGUGUGUGUUUAAACAGUAGGAGAUUGCUGUGGAAGGAGGGAGCGAGAGAGAGAGAAUUCAUAACAUAGCAGGUGGUGUCAAAUCUACAUGCUCGUUUUCCAGAUGAUCAUAUAGAUGGGUAACUAUGGGAAAUAAUAAACUAUGGGAAAAUGGAUAGAAUGUGUGUUUCAGAGUUAUAUUAAAUCACCUUUCUGCAUAAUACAUCAUAAUAAAUAUUCAGUGCAUCAUCAUGUUUUGUUUUCUUUGAUAGGUGUUCCCCUAACACAUCCAUAUCUUGUUGCCCUGUGUCUUAUUUGCUUCAUCCUGACGAUUCUGUAGAUAAACAAAUUUUGUGAUGUCAUGCAAGACUAGCAGCUGACCACACAGCAAGUGGUUUAAUGUCUGUAAAUCUGAAUUUAGUAAGUUUUUUCACCCAGGAAAUUAAUCUGGGAAAUCAGUCCUUGACUGAAAUUAGUAGCAAACCUUUCAUUGUUUUCUGAUCAAUAUAAUUGAAACUGCCACAUUACUGCUGCCCCUUGCCCACUUAAAGGAGAAGUGCAGCAAAAGUGCUAUUUGAAACAGCCACCCAUUCUACCUUAAACAUCAGAGUGGUGGGGGAGACUCCCACCCUCACUGCUGUCUGCCAGAUAGCUUACAGGAGGGGUAGGGAGGCUGCUUCAAAAGGUGAUUUUGCAAAGCACUCUAAGACAGUCUCCAGGUUCCCCUUGGGAGCAUGGGUACUGUCUUAAAGCUGCAAGGUGCUCUUUGAAGCCACCUACCCCAUCCUUUAAAUAUUGCUCCACCCUGCCACUGCCUGCCUUCUCAGUCCCAUGUUUAAAUGGAAGAGGGAUACAUCCACCUGUCAGAUUUGGCACCUGAGGCUGAUCUAGACUGUGGAGCCCAAAAUUUCCCAGCCCUGUUGUGGUAUGUGCAAAUGCAGAUAAGUUUUGUUUUGUUUUUAAAGAAAGGCAGCUGCAGAGAGGAUGGAAGAUUGAAUGAGAAAGUGAUGAUGGGUUUAAUCCUUCCCUCCAAAUUUUCUACUCUUUAAAGUACCCCCAUGGCUUUUCCCUUACAGUUCAAUACAAAGCCUAACCUUUGUGAAGAAGAGCCAUAUGAGGGUUCAUACAGAUGGUCAAUCAGUGGACCGAGAAAGGCUUAAGCGGCCCCUGCCUACUUUGCCUGGAGAUGACUUUCCUUUUUAAAAAACAGAAGCAGCAACCCUGAAUUGACACUUUAGAUAACAUGUAGCUGCUUUUUAGGGAUGCGAGUGGCGCUGUGGGUUAAACCACAGACCCUAGGACUUGCUGAUCAGAAGGUUGGGGUUUGAAUUCCCGCUAUGGGGUGAGCUCCCGUUGCUCAGUCCCAGCUCCUGCCAACCUAGCAGUUUGAAAGCACGUCAAAGUGCAAGUAGAUAAAUAGGUACCGCUCCGGUGGGAAGGUAAACGGCAUUUCCGUGCGCUGCUCUGGUACGCCAGAAGCGGCUUAGUCAUGCUGGCCACAUGACCUGGAAGCUGUAUGCUGGUUCCCUCGGCCAAUAAAGUGAGAUGAGCGCUGCAACCCCAGAGUCGGCCACAAUUGGACCUAAUGGUCAGGGGUCCCUUUACCUUUACCUAGCUGCUUCUUAGAAUACUCUCUGUGGCUAAACAGAAUGAUAGCCUAUUUUAUCCUCCCACCCCAAUUAGUAAACAAAGCCAUGGACCGCCAAGAUGUUAAUAUCAGGAUUUAGCAAUAAAUUAGCAAUUACUGUAGGUGGCACUACAAUCAAGGGAAUUUUUUACUGGGAACAGUAUUCAACUUUUUAUUAUAAAAUAGUUCUCUGUUAGGGGUUUCUUCCUGCAUGCUGAAAAAUGUAUGCAUUGAUCUUGGAGCUAAAGUAGCAGAACACUUUUGAAAUUCAGCGCACAGAUUUCUACAGCAGGACUGCCGGCUGCUAAACUGAAUUAAAGAAACAACUGUGUAAUGCUCAGAACGUGUGUGCAUUCUGCAUUCUUCUUCAGAUCACUACAUUGAAGUUCUGGAGUGCAAACUGAAGUGCGAAAUUGAUCUCACGCCAGUCGUAGGAGGCUAUGUUGUGGAGAAAUUUGUAGCAACUAUGUAUCACUACUUGCAGUUUGCCUAUUAUAAACGUAAGUAAGAGGUUUUGCGCUCUCCUGAAAUUGGGCUUGGUUCUAUCUUUUAAAAAACAUAUAUGCCCAUUUCACUUAUUUAAAACGUUUCUCUUCACUGGAGAAGAAAAGCUGUGCUAGCAAAGCUGCUUCUUAGCAUCAUUAUAAUAUAUUUAAAAUAGGUGUCCAGCAUCUGCACAGGACCUUGAAAGUCCUCACCGAGUCCUGGCUUUGCUAAUUAUUUUUAGAUUUGCAAAACUGGAAGCAGAAAGGCUCUUUUUUCCCAUUUCUGGCACACAUAAUACACAAAGAAUGGGAAUUAACGCUUUCUGAGAAAAUAGUUUACCACUAUCUCUAUCUGCAUACUCAAGAAAGAAGGGAAAGGAAGACAAAUCCUUGCAUUCUGAUUUUGAGGCUCGCCAAGCGUAUAGAUUUUAUGAAUUAAGAAAUAUUGCAUGCUCAGAUUGCAAGAAGCAACAGCUGUUUCCUAACGGUCUCCUGAGAAGCUGACUCUUUUGUUUAAUCUUCAUUCAGUGAACGAUCUGAGAAAUGCUGCCUCGUGCGUUGUUAGCUACCUGCUCUUUGACCAGACGGACGGAGUGAUGAAACAGAAUCUAGUCUAUUAUCAGUACCAUAAAGACAAAUGGGGACUCACAGAUGAAGACUUCCAGCCGAGACCUGUAAGUUGAAUUGUUGAACCGGUCGCAGUCGCUGCAUUCAGCCUUGCAGCCUUUUCGAUAGAUAUGCUUCAACAUGUUCAGUCUUUACGCUUGCCAUGGGAGCUGUGCCAUUGCCUUUAGGAGGAGCAACCGACCUUCCUUCCGACUUUGAAGCUGUGCGGGUGGGUGGGGUCUGUCCCAAUAGUUGCGUGAAAAUGCCUUCCAGCUUCAUGGUUGAUCAAAUUGCUUCUGUAGCUGCUCAAGAGGCAAGGGUGCCCAACAUGCUCCCUGCCAGCUUUCUUAGAGAAGGGGCUGGUGAGGAGCUUCCUUGACUGCUUGAAAUUGAGGUGCCUUGGAGUAUCCAAGCCACCAAGCUCCCUGCUGGCUUUUCCUGUAGAAAAGACCAGCAAAACGCUGUCUUGCUGAAAAGAGGUACAGUCAUACCUCAGGUUACAGACACUUCUGGUUGUGCGUUUUCGGGUUGUGCACCACGCCGAACCCAGAAGUACAGUGGUACCUUGGGUUACAAACACUUCAAGUUGCAGACGCUUCAGGUUACAGACUCCGCUAACCCAGAAAUAGUACCUCGGGUUAAGAACUUUGCUUCAGGAUGAGAACAGAAAUCACGCAGCGGUGGCGCGGCAGCAGUGGGAGGCCCCAUUAGCUAAAGUGGUACCUCAGGUUAAGAACAGUUUGAGGUUAAGAACAGACCUCCGGAACAAAUUAAGUUCUUAACCCGAGGUACCACUGUACUGGAACGGGUUACUUCUGGGUUUUGACGCUCACACAUGUGCAGAAGCACUAAAUCGCGACCCACACGUGUGCUAAUGCAGCGCUGCGGGUUGCGAACGCUGCGGGUUGUGAACAUGCCUCCCACACGGAUCACGUUCGCAGCCCGAGCGUCCACUGUAAAGGCUUCUUUGGGGAGAGGGGAAACCAGGCUAGCCCCAAAAUUGUAGAGCCUUCUCUGGGAUAGUCAUCGAGGGUACUAUAUGUGCUGGGAAAAGAUAGCUCAGUUGGUAGAGCAUGAAAUUCUUAUUCCCAAAGUCAUGGGUUCAAGCCCCACGUUGGGCAAAAAGAUUCCUGCAUUGCAGGGGGUUGGACUAGCUGACCCUCGUGGUCCUUUCCAACUCUUACGGUUCUAUGACUCUGUAAGAAACGUUUCUUCCAUGCAAUGCAUGAGGCUGUGCUAAAAAGGAGCUUUUAGGCACUGUUCUGCUGUUAAUGUGACAUGGAAUUUCGCCCUUCUUUUUCUAGGAAGCUGUUCGGUAUUACAACAUAACAACACUUCAGAGGGAAAUGUAUGAAUUUGCUAAAGAGCACGUGAUGGAUGAUGAUGAAGUAAGUCGAGUAGCGCAAUACCAUUUUCUUAAGUAAAAGUUAAUGGCGCCUUAAGGAUAUUUCAGGCCAGUUGUAAUGUGAUAGUAGGGUUGUCUUUUUUUUUUAGUUUGUUUUGCUUUCAAAUAACAACAACAACAACAAUUUUUAUUUAUACCCCACCCUCCCCGGCCAGAGCCUGGCUCAGGGCGGCUAACACCAGUAAAAUUACAAUAAAAACAUAAUAGGGGAGGAAAACAAACCAAUUUAAAAUACAGGUUAAAAUGCAAUUUAAAAUGCAGUCUCAUUUUAAAAGUAGCCCAUAGAUCAACACCAUAAGGGGAGGGAAACGUAAGGGUCAGACUGAGUCCAAACCAAAGGCCAGGCGGAACAGCUCUGUCUUGCAGUCCCUGUGGAAAGAUGUCAAGUCCCGCAGGGCCCUUGUCUCUUGUGACAGAGUGUUCCACCAAGUCAGGGCCAGUACUGAAAAGGCCCUGGCCCUAGUUGAGACCAGUCUAACCGCCUUGCGACCUGGGACCUGACAAAAGCAGCCUGACAUGCAGAAAUUAAGCGUGUGACGCUUUUGUCAUAUCUCCAAAUAAGGAAAAAUUCCCCUGUGCCUGGCUGGCUUAUGAACAACUGGUUAUAGGCUUGGCAGACUCCCCUCCCCACCUGAGUUAUCCAGGCAUCCUAGCAGAGGAGGAAAUGUCUCUGUUGCCGUGGCAAUGGAACCAGACUCCCUGUCAUCUAAUUCUCCCUCUCCAUUAGCCUCCUCAGUGGCUCUGCCGAUGAGAUGAAUCAGCAAGGACAGUUUCGGUCUAUAGGGCCAUGUUUGCAGCAUCUCAUGGCAUGCCAGGGGACCCUACCCUAACUGGUUCUCAGCAUUCCUAUAAGGGAUCCCUGUGAGACACGGACUUUCAUCUUUGUUUCAGUAGCACUCGCUUCACUAAAAAGCUAGCGCAGUUGUCAUUUAGCUAAAAUUGCGCAUUCGUCCUGAUUUGCAUAGUAUUUUUGGCAUUUUGGGGAGUAGGUGGAAGCAAUCAGAGUUUCAGGUUUGGUGUAAGAAAAGCAAUUUCCACAUGCACUCAGGUUGACAACGGAGUGUGGGGUUUUUCACCAGCUUGGUAGCAAUGCCUGUGAGAAGAGGAACUGAGGCAUAGUCUAGGCCAGGGGACAGCAAACUUUUCCAGCAGGGGGCCGGUCCACUGUCCCUCAAAUCUUGUGGGGGGCCGGACUAUAUUUUGAAAAAAUAAUAAUGAAUAUACUCCUAUGCCCCAUAAAUAACCCAGAGAUGCAUUUUAAAUAAAAGGAUACAUUCUACUCAUGUGAAAACAUGCUGAUUCCCGGAUCAUCCGCAGGCCGGAUUUAAAAGGCAAUUGGGCCAGAUCUGGCCCCCGGGCCUCAGUUUGCCUACCCAUGAUCUAGGCUCAUAAAUACCACUCACCUGGUUGUGUUUGAACAAUUCUAACCCACCCCAGGGCCAGCCUGGAGUGGCAUAGCCACUACUGCAGUUGAAGCCCUGCUGCCCAGGUAGAAGAUGCGGUGGUGCUGGGGGGGGGGGGGGCGUAGAUGGCUGGCCCAUUUCUGCUCCCAGAAUUUGUCAAUUCAGGGCCAUACACCAACUACCACCAGCAAGAGAAUUACUAUCAGCAGACACUCUCUUCACCAUCACCACACACAUCAGUGAUGUGCAGCCACUCUCUGUGAAUAGGGACCUGCACAUCAUCCUGGACUACUGUGUCGUCGUUGAUCAGCCAUCAGCCAUCUACAUUGGAAACAGGCCUAGUAUUUUUUGCUCCAGGGUACUUUCUGUUCCUGUAAUGGCACACUUAGAGUGUGCUGUCCACCACCCCAUGCCGAAGGUUAACUGACCAGUGUGCUUUUGGUUUGUAGCGUGUGUUCUUCCCUUUGUGUUCCUGCACUGUUACCUGCACAGUGAAGCAUUGCGGCUACUCUGAGUGGGGUGAAACGACUUUGUGAUUGAUAUAAAUGGCUGGCCAAUUGGCACCAAGCAAAUUUGGCUUUGCUGUUUUUCUGCAGUCGAUACUUGUGAAGUAUUUGCUGGCUCGUUGCAAAUUACUUACUCGGUUUCCAUUCUGCAUUCCCAAGAGAGGGGUGGUGUUGCGUCAUCAUGAAAGUGCUAAUGGGAGAAUGAUGGCAAAUUCUCAUCCUUUAAUGAGGGAGUGGGAUUGAUUCUACUACCAUAUCAAUGAAUCAAAAGUAGCAUUUUCAUCUAGAUACUAUCUGUGGUCCAGAAUACACAGGGUGAGUCUUUUAAAAGAGGCCCCGUGGAACAUGUGUACAGUGGUACCUCAGGUUACAUACGCUUCAGGUUACAGACUCUGCUAACCCAGAAAUAGUACCUUGGGUUAAGAACUUUGCUUCAGGAUGAGAACAGAAACCGUGCUCCGGCGGCGCGGCGGCAGUAGGAGGCCCCAUUAGCUAAAGUGGUGCUUCAGGUUAAGAACAGUUUCAGGUUAAGAACGGACCUCCGGAACGAAUUAAGUACUUAACCUGAGGUACCACUGUACUCUGUAUCCACAGGGCCUCUUUUAAAGUACUCACCCUGUAUAUCUAUGAAAAUAUAUGGAGCAGAGAAACUGUUUUACAAAGCAACAGAUCCCAACUAAAUACAGUAUUUUUGUUGGAAAACUUUUAAUUUCUGAAGGCAGGACUAGACCUUACGCUUGACACAGGCCUGCCCUUGAAUUCAGGACCUCCUCUCCGUAAAGUUUUGGCAGAAUUGCCUAUGUUUUUACAUUGUCCCGUAAUGCAUUUCCCUGCUUCCGUAUAUUAAUAGCUGCUGCAGUCAAGAAAAUAUGAGGAAACGACACAGGUAACUGUACUUAAACGUUACAGGGAAAAGAGGAAAAACAGGGUUGUCUAACAGUGCUCUCAUUUGCUGGAGAACAAAGACACAAAGGAGGAUUCUUUCGAAAGGCUUUAAUGUUUAGAUUGCUAUGAAAGAUAUGCAAAUCAUAUGCACUGCAGGCAAUACACAGAAUCCUUCCAAGUACAACUACAGCAAAGGCAGGUGAUCAAACUCCCGAGGCUUUAGACAUGGAUCCGAUUUGACGCACACCCUUGUUAUUCUAUAUAUAGUAAUGGGGUAGCCUCAACUUUCUGCAGAGCCUUCUGUUCUCCUUUGGCACUUCCUGGGUUUAGCUGACAAGGGAGUUGUCUCUGCCCCAGAGAGGCUGGCAGGGAUGGAGAGGCAGAGCUAUUCCCAAUGUCUGAUGAUGCCAGGUUAGGUGGCAGAGCUAGGGAGUGAGAGGUGGGACUUGUGGCUCUCGUUGCAGAGACAGGUGAAGCGAGAGAGGUCCCCCUGCUCAGGAUCCUCACUAUCAAGCUGCUCCGCAUUUCAGGUCCUCAGCAAACCCUCCUAUCUGUAUCAUCCUGAUUUGACCGGCUCACAACAAGCGAUAUCCCAGUGUGAAUGGUUUGUUCUGCUCUGAUUUUUUACAUUAGUGCUUACCGUAUUUUUCGCUCUAUAGGGCGCACCGGACCAUAGGGCGCACCUAGUUUUUUGGGGGGGAAAUAAAGAAAAAAAAUUAUUCCCCCCCCCCCCCGCAGCCCCAAAGAGCAAAGAAGCCAAGACGGCCAGAUAGCUGCCCGAAGCCCGGGGUGCUCAGCGCAGCGCUCCCCGGGCUUUGGGCUGCAGGCUACUAUCCGCAAGCCUUGGGAGCCCGGCGGGAACUCCCGCCAUGCUCCGAAGGCUUAUGGAUAGCUUCCUGAAGCCUGGAGAGCGAGAGGAGUCGGUGCGCACUGACCCCUCUCGCUCUCCAGGCUUCAGCGAAAGCCUGCAUUCGCUCCAUAGGACGCACACACAUUUCCCCUUCAUUUUUGGAGGGGGAAAAAUGCGUCCUAUAAAGCAAAAAAUACGGUACAUUGCUAAGAAUGUAGCGACCUGGUUAUUGGUUCGACUGGAACACUGGUUCUCCUGAUCAGUCGCACCAGGAAAAACAGCAUUACAGGUACAGUGGUGCCCCGUAAGACGAAUGCCUCGCAAGACGGAAAACCCGCUAGACAAAAGGGUUUUCCAUUUUUCGAUGCGCUUCGCAGGACGAAUUUCUCUAUGGGCUUGCUUCACAAGACGAAAAUGUCUUGCGAGUCUUGAGAUUUUUUUUCGCUCCCCCCCCCUUUUCUAAGCCGCUAAGCCGCUAAUAGCCUUUUAGCAGCUAAGCCGCUAAGCCUUUAAUAGCUGCUAAACCGCUAAGAGCGCUAAUCCGCUAAGCCGCUAAUAGGGUUGCUUCACAAGACGAAAAACCGCUAGACGAAGAGACUCGCGGAACGGAUUAAUUUCGUCUUGCGAGGCACCACUGUACAGAGUUGCAAGAGCAUCUUAUGAGGAAUUCCUGUGGAAUUCCUGAAGGCGUGCAGAAAAACAAGCGAUUGUUUUUACCUUUGCACAUGCUUCCGUGCUGGGAGGAAAAACAAAUCAAAGUUGCCGAAUGAGAACGUGAGUGCUUAUUUUCACUAGUUUGAAAAAAGCUUCAUUAUUUUCACAGUAAUCUCUCCUUCCACAAAUAUUUACGCGUGCCUGCAGUGUUUAGAAGGCCGCUUCCCUUACGGCAAACAGCUUAGUUUUGGUAAAUAAUAUUUGGCGAUGAGAAUAUUUAUUGACCUAACUUCUUAAAAGGUUUCAAGUUAGCUGAACGCAAAGCAAACAGUUGUCGUUCCAGAAGCUGUUGAAACCACUUCGCACUUUUAUCGAAGGGCCAACAAGCUUGUGGUGAAAGCAGCAUGUCAUCCCAUCCGUCUUAUUGUGAUAUUGAUCAUACGUAUUUCAUUCAGCCAUGUGAUUGUAUGGUUUUUACUUUAUAAACUGCUUAGAGAUCUUUUUAUAUGAAGUGGCCUAUAAAUUGAAUGAAUGAAUGAACAUUUUAUUUAUUAGACUGUUAGCUGCCCUUUACCAGGGUGGGUUACAACUAUAGCAUAUUCAAUCAUGAAUAUUCAGAAGACAUUCAGAAGACAUCUGGGAAGUUUUUAAUAUGUGACAUUUUAGUGUAUUUUUCAUCUUUGUUGGAAGCCGCCCAGAGUGGCUGGGGAAACCCAGCCAGAUGGGCGGGGUACAAAUAAUAAAUUAUUAUUAUUAUUAUUAUUAUUAUAAAACAAAAAAAGCUACAACCAUAAAACAAAAAAAAAAGUGUUAAAACAGUUCCAGAUAUGCAACAAUUAAAAGCAAUUGCAGGUAUAAAAUAAACCAAAAUGUGAAAACUUAUAUCUAUGUAUCUGUCUAUAAUACAGAUGCAAAUAUUGCCCUUUUUGCUCUCUCUUGGCAUUCCAGUGAUUCCAAUGGGAAGCCGGGAUAAUCCUGUGUUUUGUGUCUGCGGCUUCCAGGAAUUAGCUGCAAUUCUGUUUUCAGCAGUAGGCUAUUGUAAAAGGGCAUAUCCAUCGCAAAGACCAGCUGUCAGUCACACCAUCUUGAAAGUUAUUUUAUUAAUUUUAUUUAUUCAUUCAUUCCUAAAGGUUGGGAAAAUAUUAUCCACUCAGGUCCAUCAUCAGAAGCAAGUGAGCUAUUCAUUAGGAGAAACUUCUAUCCUGUUGAACUAGGCUUAGCUGGCUACAUUUUCAACUCUACCUGAUACUUGUAAAAAAAGGAAUUAUCUCUAUAGGUUUGCAUGGCACAGAAUUAACCUGUCCUCUGUUGUAAUCUCUUCUAGGGUGAAGUAGUAGAAUUCCUUGAUGAACUCUUGGACGUGGAUGGCGGAACACAGUGACUCUUAACAACUGAAAAGGCAAAAGAGAUUUAAGAAGUGACUGCUCACCCUUGUUCCUUCAUAUCUCCAUGUGUCACCUUUACUCAGGAGUUUAAAAAUACCUCAGAUAUUUCCUAAACUUGCUCUUCUGCCACUUGCAUCCUCCUGUGAGUUUUCCAUCAUGUUGUGCACCUGUAUCCCCUUCAUCUUUAACAUUAUUUUUUAAAAAAAUAUUGUUGCUAUUUUUGAGCUAUCACAAAGAUCCCCUCUGUUCAUUUAGCUCAGCAAAUUCAUCGCAGCUUGGAUGAAGCACAAAUGUUAUUUUAAUAGAAUAUAAUCGAAUAAUACGAGAAAGGAGUAGCAUUGAAAGGAUGCUAUGUUGUUUUACACGUAGCAUUUUUAUUUUUUUAUUCUGACAAAUUGACACAGUGGGCCACUUCAUAACCUCAGUCAAACCAUGGCUUUCCAUAAACUAGGCACUCCUCAAUCAUCCCUCCACUGCUUCCAUCACACGGUGGCUUAUUAUCCUGGUUUGUUGAUCGACAUUCAGCCUGAAUUAGAACGUACAGUGGUACCUCGGUUUAAGAACAGUCUGGUUUAAGAACGAUUUGGUUUAUAAACUCUGCAAAACCGGAAAUAGUGUCUUGGUUUGAGAACUUUACCUUGGUCUAAGAACGGAAUCCGAACGGUGGAAGGGCACCAGCAGCAGGAGGCCUCAUUAAGGUUUAAGAACAGUUUCGGUUUAAGAGCGGACCUCCGGAACCAAUUAAGUUCGUAAACCGAGGUACCACUUUAAUAUGGAAUCCUGGUUUAAUACAAUUCAGGUCUUUGUUCUAAAGUCAGCAUGCAACAAAAGGAGGGGGGAGCUAGGGAGGGAGAAGAACAUCACCUGAUACACACUCCCAGCUUCAUAAACCAUGGUUUGUGAUAAGCCAUGAGAGCACCGCGGCUAGAGAUUGAGAUUAACCAUGGUUUAUGAAGUCUCAAAUCGCCCUUCAGCUGAAAGCAUGUACUUUGAAGUAGUUAAAUCAACAUAGCAAGAUCCCUGGAGAAAACAAGAUUGUGACCGUACUGUGUUUAAACCAGGAGUGGCUAACCUUAUUUAUCCUGAGCAGUGAGUGUGACUAGAAUGACAGAAUGCGUAGACAUACUUGCCAUAUGUAUACAUCUCUCUCACACACCCCUCACAGGAUGUAUACAGCACCAAAACUCAUUCUCCUCCCCGCUUGGGAACUAACGAACAAAUCCCACGCUGGCCCUUCUUAGCUGCUGGAGAUUAACAUAGUUAGAACCAAGCUGUCUUUCAUGGAUCAAAUGCACAGAAACACAUCUGUCCUUAUGGGUAAGAGUUGUUUGGACCUAUCGUGGCAGGAGGGCCUUCCAUUAGGAUCAAGUCCUGCAAACAAUUGUUUACUUGCACGGCUGGUUCGCCUUAAUUAUACCUGUCCAUUUAUGUGAGUGGUGAUUAUUGUUGAAUAAGGAAUGAAAAUCAGUUACAUCUAUGGAACCAAAUUCAGUACUCGGGUACACCAGAGCAAAUAACGGGUUUAGGAGUAAUUAUCCUAGCAGGUUUCCCUACAGAAACAAUGCCAUUUAUCUAAGUCCCCUCCCUAUUGAUGCUUCAGUGUGGAACAUGUUGCAGACCUAUGCUCGUAAUUAUUAUGGUGCAAACAUUUAUUUAUUGUAAUAUUGUGUGUGGAUUUACUUUAUUUCUUUAACUACAUAGGAAAUUCACCCAGGCCCCUAUUUCUCUGCCUUUAACUCCAGCUUGAUGUAGAGCUGUUUUUAGGUGAUAACGUUUAUCUCCAAACUCUGAAAACAUCACCUACUGAUUUCUGCAGAUCAAGCUGCUAUAAAAGGCACAGCAGCAGGCCAGUCCUCUUUUCUGGCUGGUUGGCAAUCCUAACAGUCCCUCCUAGUGGAAGCCUGGGUACAGAGCUUUUUAUGGAAAUGGAAAAGAAAAAGAAACCAAAACCCCAGCAAACAAAUGUCCCCUCAUUUUUCUAGUGCCAGUUGAACAACCAUUAUACAGUGGUACCUUGGGUUACAGACACUUCGGGUUACAGACUCCGCUAACCCGGAAGUAGUACCUCGGGUUAAGAUCUUUACCUCAGGAUGAGAACAGCAAUUGCGGUGGCAGUGGGAGGCCCCAUUAGCUAAAGGGUUAAGAAUGGUUUCAGGUUAAGAACGGACCUCUCUAGAAUGAAGUUAAGUGGUUUUAGCAGCAAUGUUAUAAAGGUGUAUGUAAAAAUGGAUUGUUAACAGGUGAGAAUCUGAAGUUAUAAUAUAUUAAGUUAAAGGAUUAAGACUAAAACAAAGAGGGAAAGGAAUUGCUGAAUUAACUAAUUGAACUGGAACACAAAAAAGGGAGGUGUGAGGAGGUCAGGGAAGUAAGGAAAUGAAAUGUAAGGCAUGGAAGAUUGAUUUGUUUUUAAGUGUUUUUUAUCUUUUUUCUGUAUUUUGUAUUUUUUCUUUUUUUUCUUUUUCUUUUUUUUCUUUUCUUCUUAUCUAUGUAAUCUUUUUUUUGAAACCUUAAUAAAUAUCAUUUAAAAAAAAAAAAAAAGAACGGACCUCUCUAACGAAUUAAGUUUGUAACCAGAGGUACCACGGUAGCUGCUUAGCUAUUAAUACUUUCAUCAGAACCUCUCAUGCCUAAGCAACAUUUUUGUUUUUGUGCUUUGAUAUUUGAAAUGCUUGUAGGGUGGUCAGAAACAAAGGAGGACUGGGAUUCUGCACCUUUAAUAGUUGUGUAGAAGAGGAAUUUCAACAGGUAUAUGUGGAAUCCUUUCCCCAGGGCUGCUCACUUGGCACCAUCAUUUAGCUGCCAGGCAAGACUUUUCCUUUAUAACCAGGCCUUUGGCCUUCAACUAUCUGUGGCCUUUUGGAAGCAAGUGGGAGGUUUCUAAUGCUAUUUCUCUCCCUCCCCACCCCCCUUGGUUUUAAUGUCUCUAUGUGUGGGGGGAGUUGAUUGGUGGAUUGGCUGUAAGUCACUUUGGGUUGCCUUGGGCAAGAUAAAAGGACUAACAAAUUUAAUAAUAAUAAAAAUUAAAAGGUGUAGCUUAUCAUGCAAAUAUCACCUGCAUAAAUUUCCUCUCCUAAUUUUGAGAUAAAUGGUAUAGGAACUUUGUUCUCUAUUGCAUCUGGCUAUCCUAAAUUUAGGGACGCAGGUGGUGCUGUGGGUUAAACCACAGAGCCUAGGACUUGCCGAUCAGAAGGUCGGUGGUUCGAAUCCCCGCGACGGGGUGAGCUCCUGUUGCUCGGUCCCUGCUCCUGCCAACCUAGCAGUUCAAAAGCACGUCAAAGUGCAAGCAGAUAAAUAGGUACCACUCCGGCGGGAAGGUAAACGGCGUUUCCGUGCGCUGCUCUGGUUCGCCAGAAGCGGCUUAGUCAUGCUGGCCACAUGACCCGGAAGCUGUAUGCUGGCUCCCUCAGCCAAUAAAGCAAGAUGAGCGCCGCAACCCAGAGUCGGCCACGACUGGGCCUAAUGGUCAGGGGUCCCUUUACCUUUUUAUCCCAAAUUUAUGUGCUAAAUAGGAAAUGGAAAAGAAAAAGAAACCAAAACCCCAGCAAACAAGUUGCAUUAGAGUACAACAAUUUAACAUAUUUUUAAUUGCAGCUGGUGAAAUUAUCACUUUGCUGUGCUUUAUGGAAUUCUCUGGUUCAGGAAACAGCAACUGUGCUUUUGGUAGAGUCUGUUUCUUAAUUAUUUGUUAAAAUAAAUCAUUCCAAACAGAGGUUACCAAGGUGAUGUAAGGCAUAACAACGUAAGACAAUCCACUAAAACAAAUUUCCGUAGGCAUUUAGAGUAUAAAAUGCCUGCCAUAUCUAAGGAGCAAUAAAGCAAUAUCUAAGGCCCAAGAAGGCCUGAAUGAAUGUAAGUUUUUACCUGCUGAUGAAAUAUCAGUACUGUUGGCACCUGUUCUGAAAUACUACUCCACAAGAUGAGUGCAACUAGAGCUGGAGAUUGAGGAUGAAAUGAAACUAAGGAAUACACAGCGUGAACCCAUUGAAAUUAACAGAUUCAUUUACACCUAUUGAUUUCAGUGGGUCUGCUGUAAGUAGAACUAAUAUUGACUGUAGCCUUGAAUGCAGGCUAUCAGACAUGUUAAGCUAGGCAGAAGUAAUUCUCAUUUCUCUGUGUGGCACUGUAGCAUUAAGGGCUCAGCUCCCAUUCCAGUAAAACAUCAUUUCUAGUUACUGUUCAACGACACAUUACAUCAGAAAGCAAAAUUGCUUAAUCUGCUGAGGGCUCCCGCUAGAGUUUCCAACAGUUAUUCUGGCCGAGGUUACUGCAGAAUUCAACCAAAAAAAAUCCUGAUGUGUAAAUACAAUGAUGGGGGACAAGCUUCACCUGUUGAAUAUCUGCUCAUUAUAUGCCAGUUAAAGAUGAAAGAUUUGCAGGGAGGAAACUGGUUUGUUAACUGCUAGCUUGCAGAAAGAUGAAAGGGAAGAGCAUUUGGUCUGCAUGAUAUAAAUGAAUUUAAUAAUGGGGGUGUUUAAGAUCUUGUGACUCUUUGAUCUCUAGGGGAAGAGUCACUGAGAUUCCUAAAUAUUUUUACACUCUUCUUAAUUUCGGUUCACCUUUCAAAAUAUUUGGUGUGUGGCUUUUCAGAAGAUACGGUACUACGCCUGUGAUCCCCCCCCCCCUUAUUAUUAACUGGCUUUCUCUCAUUCUGCUCUUCCAUUUCAUCUGCUAUCUAGAGACUGUGAGUUGCCUAAAGUAGGAAUGUUGUUUCAUUUCAUUUUGGUUUUGGUCCUUGUGAGAUUGGUCCUGUAUUUUGUGCCUGAUUUUGAUUCGGGCAACCCAAGUGCUACUUCCUGAAACAAUAAAGUGCCUUAAAGAAUUAUUUAACAGCCAUUUUUCUGCAAGGUAUGAGUGUUGAUGACGAGGUGUGAUUUAUCUGAUCAUUUUUUAUUCUGG